AUGGAUGAGAGAUAUGACAUAUCGAAUUUUAACACAAUUGAAGAUAUCAGAAAGCCAAGAGAGAAAAACGGAAAAUAUACGGGAGAGAAACAAGACCUUUACGAUUCAUUAAUAAACAUCAUUUUAAAUCAUAAAAAAGAAAAUUCGAAGGUUCCUUUGGCAUCAUCAAUUAAAACGGCUCAACCGUGGGCUGAGAAACGUGGAUUACGCGCUGGCGUUCAAGAUUUAGACGGAGACGGAACACAAGAAGUGGUCGUUUAUGAUAAAGCCGGUCGUCCUAUCAUUAUUAAUGGUUAUAAGUUAAGGGACUCCGACUUCGCCUUGAGGCAAGCAUAUUUUGACACUCACACAACAAAACAGAGCAGAAUUAAAGAACCAAGCGUUAAUGAAUGGGGUAAACGUUACGCUUAUGAUUCAACGGUAGACCCGAAUAAUCCAUGGAUUACCCAUACAAGACUAAAGCCAGAGGGUCAAUUAUUAGAACAAACAGGGUAUAAAAUGCCGGUGAAACCAAAGAAGACACAAUCAAUAUUUAACAUAUUCACAAAAUUAAUUGCGCCAUUAGUUAAAAAAUAUUGGGCAGGAGAUGCUGAAGCAUUUAGAAAUAUCAUAGGCGCCAAAGGUGAUGAAUCCAAUAUUGAAUUCAUUAAAAAGAUUAUUUCUCCAAUCGUUAUUUAUCGUAUGCUUUACGUUCGAUUGGUUGAGAAAAAAUAUUUUCAGUUCUUAAAUCUGAAAUUGUGUGAGGGUUCGUAUCAACAAUUUAAGAACUACAUUAGAGAUAACCCUAAUAGAUUCUGGGGAUUCUUUAAAGAAAAUUAUUUAACAAAAGAUUUACAACAUUUAACACCCAAAAUUAAUAUAGAAGUAAUUAAACAGGCUAUGUGUGCGGAUGAUUGCGACUGGGAUGGUUCCGACAUAAAUGAUGUCAUUAUAUGGCUAUUAGGUUUGAAUAAUUGUAAAAAUCCUGAGUUCGUCGCUUUUUGCACUGACGGUGUCCAAGCUGCUGCAUUACUUCAAUUACUGAAAAGAAAAAGAAAGGCUGAAGUUGAUGAAGACCCAGUCGCUGCACUUAAUGAAUAUAGAACGUGGCGUGUAAAGAUGGAAGAUUUUAAAGAAGACGCCCGCAGAGGACAGAAGCAAUGGUUCAACAUGGUUGAAGAUUAUUUUAACGGUGCAGUUAAAGAAGAUACUAAACGCUUCGCAUAUAUGAUGGAGAAUGGACUCAAUCCGUUUGCAGAAGCUAAAACAGUGGAGGAAGUUGGAAAAGCCGGCUCUUCAUCUCCAAUGAAAGAAGGCAAACCAUCAGCACCACCAGACGACAAAGGAACUGAAGGAGCAGCACCAGAAGAAGCUCCACAAAGUGAAUGA